AUGGUCGGGCUGCAACUACCUCCAGAGAUCCGGAACCGAAUCUGGAGGUUUGCGCUGGCUGGUAAUCUCAUCCAUAUCAUGGGUAUCUCUUCCAAUGGGCUGCCUUUUGCUUCAAGAGUCCGCGACGCCAUCUGCGAAAUCGCCCAUUCCGUGGAAGAAGCGUAUCCAGACUCGGGGGACCAACGAAUACCGCCAGCUUACAAUAGUGAGCACGAACCUUGCCAAGCCUCCAUGCUGGAGCAGAAGGUCACAUGCGUCGACAUACUCCGAAGCCAAAAGGGCAAAGAAAAGCUUGGCUCGACAGAACGACGACUUAACCUCAGCCUCCUACAGACAUGCCGUCAAGUCCACAUCGAGGCCUCCCUGAUCCCAUAUAGCGAUAAUACUUUCGUCCUUGCCCACGGCAAUCCGCUCAUGGUGCUGAAGUGCUUCAUACUAGGUCUUGCACUUGAGCAAGCGCGCCCGAUCCGCUCAUUAAGCUUCGUCUGCUCUGCAUCUCACGGCAACAAGCUCACGAAGAGUACGCAGCGCUGUCUGGCCAACAAUCUCAAGGGUCUCCAGCACUUGGACAUCAUGUUCGAGUUCUUGGUCGAUAGAUACCGUUCCUUGUCCCUUACUGAACCGUUGUGUUAUGUUCCAGCGGCUGGGCUCGAUAAUCUGCGGGACACGAUUGGAGGCGUGGUCACAGUCCGUGCUCGUAAUGUUUGGGUCUCCAAAAAUCAGACUGCUGAAUGGGAAAGAAUGGUCUCCGAGGAUACGUUGAGGAAAUGGGAGGGGUAG